GUUCAGCCAGAUACGAUACCAUGAUUAUUUGUCCAUGCUCCAUGGGACUGUUGGCCAGAGUCAGCCAGGGUAUUUCCAAUGAUCUGAUGACCCGUGCUGCGGAUGUCAUGCUCAAAGAACGAAGAAAACUGAUCAUAGUACCACGCGAGAUGCCGUACAAUCUGAUUCAUCUCAGAAAUAUGCUUAUGUACAACAAUAUGAGAGAAGUAGUCGCCGAUCUGGAAAAGAAGGGCAUGCUAUUAAGAAUCACAAAAGAAGUGGAUCCUGAUCUGGAGAUAGCUGAAAUCCACCGG